GGAAAUGGGAUUUUUUAAUGCAAUUUUUUUCAUAAGAAAUUUGGUGAUGUUCUAACUUGAAGCUGUUGCUAUGGAAAAUCCUUUUGUGGGUGUUAAUUCAAUGGAUACUAAGGAGGUGGAAACAAAAGAACAAAUUGCAGAAACAAAUAACGAGAAAGAAGAGGAAGAGGGAAGUGGUGAUGGCACUCAUGGAUCAACUAGUGCUAAUCCUGUUAUUCCUGAACUGAAUUUGCUUAUGGUUCUUUAUGCUGUCUCAUCAACCUCAGGAGAAUUAUUACAUUCUGAUGAGAACAAUGAGGAAAGACACAAUGGUAGAUUUGAAGCAGAGGCUUCAAUAGGAAGAACAACCAUUAGAAGGCGAGAGAAAAAUGAGUUUAAAGUUUUUGGACAAAGAAGGCCAAGGUUUCAACCAAGAAUGAAGAACAUGAAGCAUAGUAGAAGAAUGUGAGAGAAGGAAUAUCAAUUGAUAGCGAUCAAAUCAAAGGAUGAGAGACGGAAAAAGAGCAAGGGGCGAUGUAGUUCUUCCAAUACUUCAAAAAAAACUUCGCAUCGUUGUCACGCUUCUUUUCUUU